AUGAGGGAGCUGCUAUGUAAUAACAGGGAGGGCUACUCCCUGUAUUCAACAGAGCGCGACUUCGAUAGUACAAUAUGCUUCGAGAAUUUCAAUUUGAUCACGUUGCCAUCGCUGCUAUUCAUAUUAAUAAGCAUCAGCGAUAUCUGGAGGAGUUUAAAGCACCCAAUAAGGACUGAUACGAAUUCAAGGCUUAGAUUUGGUGUUAAGAUUGCUGGUUAUAUUUCACUCAACCUUCUACUGCUUGUUCAGCUAUUCGAUAGGCUCGAUUAUAGCAUAGAAACUAUAAGCCAGGCAUCAGUGCAAAUCUCCAUUACACUAGCCUUAUUCCUUUCAAUCAUCCAUCACAACAGAUUCAACAAACCUUCGAGUCUUCUCCUCUUAUUUUACCCAACCAUCAUUCUAUCCAACUUGAUCAAGCUUAGAACUGUAAUUAUCAGCGAUUACACCUCUAUUAACCCUCAUUUACUUAUUCCUACCAUCCUCAUUCUCGCUUUCAUCUGGCUAGUUGAGUCUAGUGGCCCUGGUUAUCCUCCUUCAAAUGAUCCUUUGAAAGACGCUUCCAUUUACUCGUUAUGUUCUUUCUCUUGGCUCACCCCUCUUCUCAAAUUAGGUAGACAACGCUUCAUAAACGAAGAAGAUCUCUGGGAUUUACCCGAGAAAGAUCACUCUGAGCACGUAGGCCGCAAACUACAGAAGAAGUGGCACUAUCAAACUACUAAAUCAUCCAACAAACCCUCUCUAUGGCUCGCCUUAUGUAAAGCUUACGGAAAGGACUACCUCAUUUACGCGUCCUUCUUCAAAAUGCUACAAGAUUCUCUAACUUUUGUUCAACCUCAAUUACUCAAGAGCCUCUUGCAAUUCGUCAAUUCUCAACGCUCAGAUAGCCCUGAACCUCUAAUCAAAGGUUACUGUUUAGCUAUCGUCAUGUUUGUCUCAGCCGUCUCCCAAUCUACUUUCCUUCACCAAUACUUCCAAUUAGUUUUCAUGACUGGUUUGAGAGUCAGAGCUGGUUUGGUCAAUCUCCUUUACGACAAAUCACUUCACUUGAACAACAACGAAAAAGCUCAAAGACCAACAGGCGACGUUGUCAAUUUGAUGUCCGUAGAUACCAACAGACUGACUGAUCUUUGCACUUAUGGUCAUAUCCUCUGGUCAGGUCCUCUCCAGAUUUUAUUGGCCUUCAUCUCUCUCUACAACCUCUUAGGAUGGCAAUCAUUUGUUGGUGUAGGCGUUAUGAUUGUUUCCAUCCCAAUCACUACCGUUAUUGCCAGAUAUGUUAAGAAGCUAUCGUUAGAGCAAAUGAAAAUCAAAGACAAGCGUACGCAUGUCAUGAAUGAGCUGCUCACCAACAUGAAGUCAAUCAAGCUUUUUGCUUGGGAGGACUCUUUCGCACAGAAGCUCUUACAUAUUCGCAACAACGAAGAGCUGCACAUUCUCAGGAAGAUUGGUGUUGUAAAUGGCAUAAGUAACUUUGUCUGGAUGCUGACACCAUUCCUUGUCUCAUUUACCACAUUCUGGGUUUAUUCUGUCACAUCUAAAGAGCCGCUAACCUCAGACAAGAUUUUCCCUGGUCUGGCCAUCUUCCAACUCCUCUCAUUUCCACUCUUUAUGAUCUCGAACAUCAUUACCUCCACCAUCGAAUCAGCAGUUUCGGUGGACAGGCUCAAAGACUUCCUACUCGCUGGUGAACUGGACCCUGAAGCCAAAUUACAGGUCAUCCCCAAUGAUAUUAACGUUGGUGAAGAGGUUGUUCGUAUCAGCCAUGGUGAUUUCGCGUGGAGUGAAGAUGCGCAUAUGCCAAUAUUACAAGAUAUAAAUCUGAGCGUUAAGAUGGGUGAGUUGGUCGCCCUCGUCGGAAGAGUCGGUGAUGGUAAAUCAUCAAUGGUCCAAGCAAUUCUUGGUGAAAUGCACAAAUUCGAAGGUACUGUCAACGUCAAAGGCUCUAUUGCAUACUAUGGCCAAUCCCCUUGGAUUAUGGGUGCGACAGUAAAAGAGAACAUACUUUUUGGUCACAAAUUCGAUCAAGACUUUUAUAACCUUGUCAUCGAAUCUUGUGCGUUGAGAAGCGAUUUAGAGUUGCUACCACAGGGUGAUAUGACAGAGGUUGGCGAGAAAGGUAUUACUUUGUCAGGUGGUCAAAAAGCUAGAGUUGCUCUUGCUAGGGCUGUUUACUCACGUGCUGAUAUUUAUCUCCUUGACGAUCCGCUGUGCGCUGUGGAUGCUCACGUUGGUAGACAUCUCUGGAAUAAUGUCAUAGGUCAUAGCGGUAUACUCAAGAAUAAGACUAGAAUAAUCUCAACCAACAAUGCUGGAUACUUUGAUCAGGUCGAUGCACUCGUCAUGCUCAAGAGAGGUGUUAUACUUGAGAAGGAUUCCUACUUGUCGGCUAUACAACGUCAAGGUCAGUUGUGGCAGCUUAUGAUGAAAUUAGGUAAAGGUGGUGGUCAUUCAACAACCAAUUCCUCCGGCACCUCGCUCAAUGAACUUAACAACUCUAAUGGCAAAGGCACACCACCAACUGACGGUGAAAAUACACUCGUGAAUGGAGAAUUAGAUAAACAAUCACAUACUAUCUUUGUCGAUGAACAGAGUGAAGGUCCAAAAGUGGAUGUUGUUAAUGGUGUAUGCACUGAAGAAACUAAGCCUAGAGAGAAGAGAAUGUCAAUGAGUAUGCGUCGGGCUUCUGUCGUCUCACUAGAUAAAGCCAAAGCUAUCGCUUUGGAUGCUAUGCGCAAUUCAUCCCAGCCUAAGGAACAAAUGGGUAGAGGCAACAUCAAGACUGAAGUAUAUAAGAAAUACGCCGAAUCAAGCUCUUAUUGGGGUGUUAUCGCUUUCUUGAUCACAGCUUGUCUUAUUCAAGUGUUCUCGGUCGCUGGGUCUGUUGUACUCAAGAAUUGGGGUGAAGCCAACAACAAUGGCGAAGCUAAUGACAUCAAGUAUCUCCUCGAAUACUUUGCUUGCGGUUUGCUUUCGGCCAUCUUCAUGUUCAUCACUGCAUUUUUACUCUGGGCUGUCUGCUCAAUUAAAUGUUCAAAACAUCUCCAUGAUGACAUGUUCCAUGCCGUAAUGAGAGCACCAUUAGGCUACUUUGAGAGAACGCCAGUCGGUGUUAUCCUCAAUAGAUUCUCUCGCGAUGUCCAAGUUAUUGACGAGGUACUGGUCAGAGUUAUUUCCGGAUUUUUUAGAACGUUAAUCGUUGUUAUUUCAAUAGUUUUCGUUAUUGGUGGAGCUUUACCACCAUUCUUACUGAUGAUUAUCCCACUUUCCAUAUUCUAUCAAUGGAUCAUGAAGCUCUACCUCUCAACCUCACGUGAAAUUAAACGUUUAGAUGCAGUUUCAAGAUCGCCAGUCUUCAGCUGGUUCCAAGAAUCAUUAGGUGGACUACCAACUAUCAGGGCAUUUAGGCAACAAUCCAGAUUUAUUGCUUCAGAGACACUAAGGAUGGAUAGAAAUCUAAUGGCAUCUCUUCCUGCCAUGUCUAUCAACAGAUGGUUGGCCAUGAGAUUAGAAGUGUUGGGUUCGUCCGUUAUACUUGCUACAGCAUUAUUUGCUGUAACUAGCGUCAAGAGAUUCAAUCUCGAUGCCGGUUUAGUUGGUUUGUGUAUUUCAUACGCACUGCAAAUCACAGGUGGAUUGAACUGGUUCGUCAGAUGCGCUGGUGAAGUUGAGCAAAAUAUCGUUUCAGUUGAGAGAGUUUAUGAGUUGGCUCAAUUAGAACCUGAAGCGCUGCCAAUUGUCGAAGAUAACAGGCCUUCGGCUGAAUGGCCAGACAGGGGUUCAGUAGUGUUCAACAAUUUCUCGGCCAAGUAUAGACCAGAGCUUUCGCCAGUGUUGAAGGAUAUUAAUCUCAACAUCAACCCUUCAGAGAAGAUUGGUGUCGUUGGUAGAACAGGAGCUGGUAAAUCAUCAUUAACGCUAUGCUUGUUCAGAAUCCUUGAAGCAUUUAAAGGUGAAAUCAAGAUUGAUGGAAUUGAUAUCUCCACCAUAGGAUUGAAAGACUUGAGAUCAAGAUUGGCAAUUAUACCACAAGAUGCUCAGCUUUUCGAUGCAACGGUGAGAGAAAACCUUGAUCCAGAAGCUGCACAUUCAGAUGACGAGAUAUGGCGUGCAUUGGAGUCGACAGAUUUAUCCGAACAUAUUACGGAGUUAGGUGGAUUAAACUCUCAGGUAGCUGAAGGUGGAAGUAAUCUAUCGAAUGGACAAAGACAACUCGUAGCUAUCGCUAGAGCUCUAUUAACUAAUUCCAGAAUAUUAAUUCUUGAUGAAGCUACAUCUGCUAUCGAUUCAAUGACGGAUAAUUACAUACAAAAUACUAUUCGUAAACAAUUCAAAGAUAUGACUAUUAUCACUAUCGCUCACAGAUUGAGAACAAUCAUUGAUUACGACAAGAUUCUCGUGCUUGAUAAGGGUACGAUAGGCGAGUUUGAUACUCCGUAUAAUCUGCUUCUAAAGAAAGACGGUAUUUUCUCGUCAAUGGUCAAGCAAUCAGGUGAAGAAGAUGAAUUGAGAUCUGUAAUUGGUUGUUAA